AUGGCGAUACAGAAAUAUUUGUGCGAAUAUUGCGAAAAGCAAUUCCAAGACACACCGUCAGAUCGGAAACGGCACGCCGCCGGCACUCAACACAAACAAGCCAAAUCACGUUGGUACGAUUCCUUCAAACCUCAAAACUACAACCCUAUUCCACAGCAACAACCUAAUCAACCCUUCUGCUUUCACUUCGUCAACAAGGGUUUUUGUCGUUACGGCGAUUCUUGCAAAUAUUUUCAUCCCAAUACUCAGCAACAGCAACCGAUUACAAGCACGCUGUCAGGGAAUGUAGGAGUUUCGUUCGGUAAUUUGCCUCCGUCGUUGCAACCUCCGCCUGAAGAGGGGAUUGAUAUACACGUCAUUAUAUCAAAGAUGUAUAAACAAGCAUCCGAUUCAGUUUUAACGGUUAGCAAGACUUGCACAAAAGCAAACUUUCGAAUGGAAUUGAAUGAAUUGUUGUUCAAAGCUUCUGAUCAUAAAUAUCAGUUGAAAUUAACUGGUGGCACAAUAAUUGGUCUUGAAAGAUUUGAGAACAAUAUGGCAACAUCUUCUUCAACACUGAAUUCUGCAUCAGUUGCUUCAUGUGCUCAAACGUUCAAACCAACCGCUAGUAAGGACAUAGGAUGA